AUGCUCUUGUACACAGCUUACACAGCUGGUUUAUCAUAUGAUGUUGACGCUAAUUUCUUUGAAAUUGGUAUAUGUAAUAUUUUAUCACCGAAAUUUCGAGCAACAGUUCGAAAGAUUAUCGGAUGUUUUCGACGAGAAAAACACGCUGUUGUACCUCAAGCAAUGCCAAUCAAUUGUUUGAGAGAUUAUCCUGGUGUUUAUGUAACACGUACGGAUUUAUUUUGA